UUCUGCGUGCUUUCUUUCGUUGCUGCUUUCUUCAGCCGUAUGCUCGUAUCAUCUCCUCCACUCUGCUUCCAUGAAAUUGCUCCGCUUCAAUCUCUCGAGGGAAGUGAGCUUGUUGAGGAGCGGGAAAUCAAAUUCUUCCUCUUCUUCCAUUUGAGCUCUGGUUUGAAUUAGGGUUUUUUAUUUGAAGAUAGAAUGCAGUAAUUUGAAUUAGGGUUUUCCAUUUGAUUUCUCGAGGUUAAGUUUUACUGCUGAAUUAUGUCGACGAAUCUGGAAGCUCGGACUGGGCGUGAAUUGCAGCGUUAUGAGAAUCACUUUCGGCUAGUUGCAGGGUGCAUACCAUACAGAUUGAAACAAAACGUCGAAAACUCGACAGGUGAUUUGUUGAGUAAGUUGGAGGUUCUUAUGAUUACUACACCAAAUCGUCAUGAUCUUAUCUUCCCUAAAGGUGGAUGGGAUAAUGAUGAGACUGUCGAUCAAGCGGCAUGUCGCGAAGCUUUCGAGGAAGCAGGGGUUCGAGGAAUCAUCCAUGAUACUUUAUUGGGAGUGUGGGAAUUCAAAAGCAAGAGUAAGCAGAACCUCAAAGGGCAAGAGGGUGCAUGCAGAGGCUACAUAUUCGCGCUCCAAGUUACUGAGGAGCUCCAGUUCUGGCCGGAGCAAUCUUCCCAUGAUAGGAAAUGGCUAAAUGUGUGGGAGGCAUGGAAGCUUUGCCGGUAUGAUUGGAUGAGAGAAGCUCUGAAUUCUAUCUCAGUACUUAUAAGUGGGAAGCCGGUGAGGCUAUUGACUGUGCCUGAGAUGUCUGAGCCCACUUCGUUCUUCUGUCUAGUGAAAUCUUCUGGAAAUAAAUGUGUUGAUAGUGCAAUAAAUGCCUUUUGUUGAUGAGCCUUCUCUCUCUCUCUCUCUCUCUUGC